AUGGCUUAUGCGACACCCCACUUCACGACUGCUGCGAUGACAGACGCCAGAUGCGUAGCUUGCGCCAAACUACCUCCGGCAUACAUCUCGCACAGCUUUUCAUCGACUCGGCCCCCAUCGUACACGUCGUCACCUCCCGAUUACGAUCGUUCCACAGAGUAUCAUUUAGAUGACGACGUCGAUGAGCCUCCAUCUCCUACAUUUACUUUGGUUGGCAAUGACUCCGAUGAAAGAGAUUUGUGCAAGGACAAAUUGAUUAUCGACGCCAUGCCUCAUCUUAUCGCGCUUGCAGACUGGGUCGCUGUGGUUCUAGUCUGCACUGCGACUGGACAGACUCCGACGGUUGUGCAGACCGUAAGUGAAUUAUCAUUCUCUUCGACCUAUGAAACUCUGCAUGGCUUCGUCUAUGACUUGAUCAUGUCGCAGCACCAAACGUCCUUCACUCUAUUCCACAUCGUCGCCUACGCCACCCUCUACUUUGAGAAAGUGGAAACUCUCACAUUGCGCGAGCUGGAAGAGAGACCGAGGAACAUCGAGACAUUUCGCAGACUGAUGUUAAUCAUCUUCUUCGUGGCGUUGGAUCAAUUUAAUGCCGAUCCGCUUCCUUUGGAAGAUAGAGCUCUUCUUACGGGUUUCACUGUCGACCAGGUCCUUGAGGCGCAAGGAGAUGUCUUGGAGACACUAGGGUCGUAUGCCCAGAUGCCUCGACAUGUCUGGAAUAUAUACACCCAGCACUUCAGGGAGUUAUGUGCGCAAUCCUGGUUGCCGGUGCAUAACGAUCACAAUAUAUCCGCCAUCGUCAACGCCUUCCUUACGUUGUCCGAAUACACUUCAUCAGUCGGUGCCGUACCCUUGUGCGAAGUCCCCCUGUCGUGGCUCGUUCCCUCAAUCAAUACGCAGACAUUCCCCCCAAUAUCACCCCCCAGCAGUCCUGUUGAUCUCGCGACAGUCGCCAGGUUACCUUCUCCCACAGGAUGGAAUCCCUGUGCUAAACGACAUCACGUUACUCCAUCCACAUAUCUACAAGUACCCCGGUCUUCUAACAACUUUACUCCUGCGUCCAAGGGCUUGUCUAUGGCGUCGGAAAGAGUUGCAAACGAACUGGAUAGAGUUAAAAUUUGCAUUCCUUGGGCACUUCACCAGCCCAAGCCACGGCAUGCCUUACCCAUCGACAUAGAUUUCAUCACGAGGAAGGCUAAUGCGUGGACUCGGAUUAAGCAGAAACUGGCGCCUGUACGGCGCACCUUUGUGAGGCUGUACCAAGGCCGUUCUAAUGGGGGCAAGAACGAGGACUAUUUGGCGUAG